AUGAAGCUAAUUAUUGGUGCAAUCCUAUUGUGCACUGUCGUAACAGCAUUCAGUGCUACAAUAAAUUGGUUUAUACCAGGUAUCGAGAGUUUCGAUGUCAACAUUUAUACAACUACUGACAAUGAUACUUAUCCAGUGAUUAUUUUUUUGACUGGAUUUGGCGGUCUCGUGCCGGCUGCUGCAUAUUCAAACCUAUUAACAAAAAUUGCUGAUCAAAAAAUUAUCGUCAUUGCUGUGAGUAAGAUAGAAAAUAUAACAGCAGAAUAUUUUGAACAAAAAUUUGCUCAGUUUAUGAUAAAUAUCACGGAUCCAACGAAAGGAGCAAAAGAUUUGUUUGAAAAGAAUUCACUGACAACAAAUGUUGUGCCUGAUCUUGAAAAUCAACUAGCAUUUCUGGCACAAUCAGCUGGAUGCCAUGUACUCACGCUGUAUCUGACAGAGCGUUGUGGUACACAAUAUGCUCAAGUAAGACUUCUUAUACUAAUGGAUCCUGUUGAUGGUAGUAGUCCCUAUGAUACACAUGAAGCUGAUAUGUUUGAUGAUGUGGCAAGAACUGCAAUGAAUACCGUCUGUGCAACAUGUUCACAAUUACCUAUGUUGACCACGUGUAACUUUGCACAAUUUAGACAAGAUGAGACCAAUGCUAUUGUAAACUUUACAAAAGGAAUUUUGAGUGGUGUUAACGGACAACAAUAUCUAACAUUCCUUCAAAAUCCAGAUCCUUAUUUUAACAGCCGUGCAACAAUAAAAUCAAACGUGCAACAAAUCACACCGUCAAAUGGUUUUUGUCAAAGUUAUUCAUAA